AUGAUGGAGGAGAACAACAACGUCAUCGCGCCGUUCGUUAUGAAGACUUACCAGAUGGUCAACGAUCCGACGACGGACAAGUUAAUCACUUGGGGCCAAGCCAACAACAGCUUCAUCGUCGUCGACCCUUUAGACUUCUCUCAGAGGCUCUUACCCGCUUACUUCAAGCACAACAAUUUCUCCAGCUUCGUUCGCCAGCUUAACACAUAUGGAUUUCGAAAGGUCGAUCCAGAUAGGUGGGAAUUUGCGAACGAGUGGUUUCUGCGGGGCCAAACGCAUUUGCUGAGGAACGUGGUGAGGAGAAAGCACAUGGGUAAGAAUUCGUAUUCGAAUUCGAAUUCGACCACGUGCUUAUUACAGGGGAAGCACGAGGAGCUUGACGACGAAGAGAUAGUGAUGGAGAUUGCGAGGUUGAAGCAGGAGCAGAAGGCGUUGGAAGAAGAAAUGGAGAACAUGAACAAGAGAUUGGAGGCAACUGAGAGACGACCCCAGCAAAUGAUGGCUUUUCUGCACAAAGUCGCGGAGGACCCUGAGAUUUUGCCACGUAUUAUGCUCGAGAAGGAUCGUACGUUCAGGGCGCAGUUGGGGGAGAAGAAGCGGCGGGUUAUGAUGAUAACCUCGCCGUCGUCGUCUUCGUCGGGCAUGGGGGCCACCAACUCCGUCAAGACCGAGGAUGAGGAUGACGGAACCGUAGGGGUAAUUUCGUCAUCUCCCGAACCAGGUUUUGAGAUGGAGAGUUUUUAUUCCACGUCUCCAGAGACGUCGACGGCGCGAGAGUGGGGGAGGCAGAGGCGGGUUGUGGAUCGGGUUCGGGCUGUGCAAGACCCCUAUAAUAUGAACCCGACGGUGUCGGGUAAUGGGAUCGGGAAUAGUAGUAAUUCCGGGUACGGGUAUGGGAAUAGAAAUGGUGGUGCGGAAGUGGGUUAUCUCACAGAGGAACCUACCCCUGCACCACCGCCUUAUCCAUUCUCGUUGUUAGAGGGUAGCUUUUAG